UGAACUAUAGAACCAUAUGUUUACCAAUCCACAUUAUUACUGGAUCAACGGCAACCCCUCGUUUCUCAAAUUUCCGAGGAAACGAUUAGUUUCCCCGGAGAUUCAUUCAUAACCCAAAACACAAAAGAUUUUUUUUUUCGGAUUCGGGUUCAAAGUUUUCAUUUUUAUUGCGAGAUGUCGUCUGAAUUUUAGUGGGCAUCUGGAAAAAUCUCAAAUUUCUUUGUAGAUUUGUUAUUACAAAUCAACGAUUCGAUUAGUGAUUUUUUUUUGUUUCAUUUUGUGGAUUGGAUCCGGUGGUGGUGUGUGAUUUUGAUGGGGUCAUUAGACGAAGGGCCUUUGAAUCUGGACAUUGAGAUGGGUUUGAAAAACGGCUGCUGCAUUGAGCUUCCUCCCUUUGAGCACCAACCAGAGACUCUAGCGAUCCAAGACGCCGUCAAGCUUCUCCUCCAAGGUCUUCACGAAGAUGUCAACAGAGACGGAAUCAAAAAGACUCCUUUCCGCGUCGCCAAGGCCCUUCGUGAAGGCACCAGAGGUUAUAAGCAAAAAGUGAAGGAGUAUGUACAGAGUGCUCUGUUUCCAGAAGCAGGGCUAGACGAAGGAGUUGGGCAAGCGGGAGGAGUGGGAGGACUCGUUGUAGUUCGAGAUCUCGACCAUUACUCUUACUGCGAGUCUUGCUUGCUUCCUUUUCACGUCAGGUGCCACAUAGGUUACGUCCCGUCGGAGCAGCGCGUCUUGGGACUGAGCAAGUUCUCUAGAGUGGCGGAUGUUUUCGCCAAGCGGCUCCAAGAGCCUCAGCGUCUGGCUGAUGAGAUAUGCUCUGCGCUCCAGCACUGGGUCAAACCUUCCGGCGUCGCUGUUGUUCUGCAGUGCUCUCACAUUCACUUCCCAAGCUUGUUGGAUGUAGUAGACUCGUCGCCAAGCCAUGAUGGGUUUGUGAAGCUGCUUGUUUCUUCUGGUUCAGGUGUUUUCGAUGAUGAAAGGUCGGAUCUUUGGGGUGAGUUCUUGAGUUUCUUGAAGUUUAAAGGCGUGAUGAAGACACAAGGUGAUGCUUCUGUGAAAGAGUGGUGUCCGAGCGUUAGGUCUAAACUCUUGCUUGAAGAGGACCCUGAAAUGGUAUCUGCGGUUGUCUCCAUUCUGAGAUCAUUAGGAGAAGAUCCAUCAAGGAAAGAACUCGUUGCUACACCCUCUCGUUUCCUCAAGUGGAUGAUGAACUUCCAAAACGUUAACCUCGAGAUGAAGCUAAACGGGUUUAUUAACUCUGUCAACCUCAAUGGCGAGAUCAGAGAGAAGAAGAGGCUGCACUGUGAACUAAACUUACCCUUCUGGUCAAUGUGUGAGCAUCAUCUGCUUCCUUUCUACGGAGUUGUUCAUGUUGGCUACUACCGCGCUGAAGGAUCAAACUCUGUUGCAAGCUCACUCGUGAAGUCUAUUGUACAUUUUUACGGGUUCAAGCUUCAAGUGCAAGAGAGGAUGACUCGGCAGAUAGCUGAGAAGCUAUCACCUCUUGUUGGUGGGGAUGUGAUAGUAGUAGCGGAAGCAGGGCAUACUUGUAUGAUCUCUAGAGGGAUUGAGAAGUUUGGAAGCAGCACUGCUACUAUUGCAGUUUUGGGUCAGUUUUGUAAUGACAGUUCAGCAAGAGCGGCGUUUCUAGACAAGAUCCAUACUACAACAACUGCCUUGUAAGGCAGGCAGAUUCAAGCUCCCCUAUUUGAGAGUGUUCACUUGUUUGUUUGUUGUUGUUUUUUCCUUUCUAUUUUAUAUCAUACACACGCUUCUAGGUCUCCAAACUUUGAAAGCAUAUCAAUUUGAAACACAA